ACGGCGACCUGAGGUGGCUGCGGACCCCGCGCGGGGCCACCUGGUGUGUCUCAUCCCUCAAUGAGGAAUCGACUACAACCUCUGGACCAAACACAGUGUCCAAAAAACUCAAAAGCUUGAGAGUGACCGUAAGUAACUUCACCUGGGCUGAUAAAAUCCUUUCUGCCAGAAUCAGAUUAGUGCUGCUGGUGGGUUUGUGUAAGAUUUGCAAUUGCAUUAUACCAUUACAUCAACUGAGGCAUCAGGCUCCAAGAUGAUGACUUGAAGUUUGUGUCUCUAGGCUUUUCUGUGUUGUGUCAGGUGUUGGUUAAGGUGUUUUUCUGGAGAUUAAAGAAAUGCUGUGACCCAAAGGCUUGUAAGGAUUUUUUUUUGCUUCAAAAAGACACUUAAGCACGUAUGAAGGAGUUUACAGGUCCAGAGUUCUAGGAUGGAGUGGUCUGAUGGUUUCCUGUUGAUUUUUUCCUAAUUGUUAAAUUUAUUCUCCUCCCCCCUUUGAAUUUCUCUUUGCAAUCAGGUUUUGUUGGUUGUGGGAACCCUUGAUUUGCUUGCUUGCUUUAAGACUUUGAAUUCCAAUGAUUCUUAUGGAGACCUGCUAUUAAUCCAGCUGUGUUUGCUCUUCAAUAACCAGGUUAAAAUGCUUGGAGCAGAGGAACUGUUUGUGUUAUUCCUAGCUUUGCAGAAAAGUAGUGUGCAGUUCAAAAUGGCAGAUGCUACUGAAAGCAAGCUCAAAUGUUAACCAUUAGGCUGGCUGUUGUUCCUCCCUGGCACAGAGGGAAAUGUUGUUAUUUCCAGUUUCCUUAUUCACAGGUGUCCCUUCAUUGUAUUUCCCUUUCCCGUUUGUGGGAGAAGAGCCAUGAAGAACCGCUCCUCAUCUCCCCCUUUGCACGUCCAUGUGGAUGAAAACACCCCUGUCCAUGUCCAUAUUAAAAAGGGGCAGAAAAGCACACCUGCAAAAUGCCAGCAAAAACAGAAACCGAGAAAAGGGGUGAAAACCAAGGCCCCGUGGAUGCCCCCAGGCAAAGCACGUGCCCGUGACACCACCUUGAAAUGGGAGGAGUCCAGUCAACGCCUGGAGGUUACACCGGAUUCUGAGAGGAUGCAGUCGGUGCUGCGCCUCAGUGACCUCUCCACGGAUGACGACGAUGCCGGUUGCUGCAAAAUGAACAAGUACGAAAAGAAGAUAGACAGCCUGAUGAACAUGGUGGGAACGCUGAAGAAAGAGGUCAAGCUGCAGAAAAUGGAGGAACAGGAGCAGAUGACGAAGCGUCUCCUGGAGGAGCAGAAGGAAGAACUGAACGAGGUCACCCAGGAGCUGGUGGAAACGGAGCACGAGAACACCCGGCUCAGGCGCAACAUCGAGCGCAUAAAGGAGGAGAAGGACCUGACUCUGCUGCAGAAAGAGUGCUUGCAGCAGGAGAAGGAGUGUUUGAUGUCCAAGCUGAGCGAAGCAGAAAGGGACGGAGCAGCCGCUGCCAGGCAGAUCCACGCCCUGAAAAAUACCAUUGGGAGACUCAACAUUGAGAAGCACAUGAGCAGCACAGACAUCAGUGCUCUGACGAGACAAAAGGAGCUGCUGCUCCAGAAAUUGAGCACCUUUGAAGAAACCAACCGGACACUGCGAGAGCUGCUGGCAGAGCAGCAGAACCGGGAGAAAGAUCACCAGAAGAUCCUGGAUCGGCAAGCAGUGCUGCUGAAAAGGCUGGCUGAGUCAGAUGCAGAGAACAUGCAACUUCAAAUGAAGCUUCAGGAGAAAGAGAAAGAAGUGGAAAGCCUCGCCCGUCAGAUACAGGCAGAAAAGGAGCAGGCAAGGAAAGUAGCUGAGCUCUCCAAAACUCUGGAGACUGUAAAAGCCCAUUUUCAAGCCCAGCUGAGGAGCAAAGAAGCUGAGAACAACCGUCUGACCACACAGCUCCGGAACCUGGAGCGCAACGAAGCUCAGCUUAAGGCAGAUUUGGAACUUGCCAUGGACCAGCUGAAAGAGCUGAGGCAGAAGGGAGAUGGUGACAAGGAGGCCCUGAAGAAAGCUGUGCGUGCCCAGAAGGAGAGGGCGGAGCGCAGUGAGGAGUAUGUGCAGAAACUCACUGCCCAGCUGACAGAAAAGGACAACGCUCUUUCUGAGGCCCGGUCCAACCUGGAGUCCUGGAGGAAUCACUGCAACAAAGCAAUAAAGGACAAGGGUGACCUCGAAAUGGAAAUUGUUGGACUGAGAAGCCGUGUUGCAGACUUGAUGGAACAACUGGCAAAGAUAGAGGAAAAAAUGCGGGACGACAGACAAGCUUUGAUGGAUAAACUGCAUCAACAGGCUGGAGAGGCCAAUUCUUUGAGGAAGGAGAAUGAAAGACUAAAGGCUGCUCUUGCCCCAAUGGAGGACAAGAUGACCCAAGCAGAGAUGGAAGUGGAGCAGCUCCAGAGCUCUAUCAGGAAUUACGAGGAGAUGAUUGAAUCCUACAAAGCACAGGCACUGAAGGCCCGAGAGGAAGCGAAUGAACUGGCAGCAAGACUGGAGAGGGCUGAGAAAGAGAAAAGGGCAAUAAGGGACGAAAUGAACCAGGAGCUUGAAAUGACACGGAAGAAGUUCCAGAACCAGCUUGCUGAACUGGAGAAACUGCCUGAGCUCCUGAAGUACACAGAGACGCAGCUGGCCCAAUGUCACGAGCAGCUCCAGAGUUACGAGAAGAAGAACACGGACCUGUGUGCCAUGAUUGCAGAUCUCCGGCAGAUGAUUGAGCUCCAGGGGGACAAAAUGGAGAUGACAAGAGAGAGAUAUCAGUCUGCCCAGGAGGAGAAAAAGCAACUCACCUUGAAGGUGGAGGAGCUAGAAAGAAAACUAGAGACCACGAGUGCCCAGAACAUAGAAUUCCUUCAGGUCAUAGCAAAGCGGGAGGAGUCGAUCCACCAGUGCCAGCUGCGCUUAGAGGAGAAGACCCGGGAGUGCAGCUCCUUGGCACGGCAGCUGGAGAUGGCCAUUGAUGAUGCCAAAAAACAAGUGGAACAAACUCGAGAACGAGCGAUCUCGAGAGAGAGAGCAGCCCAGUGCAAGCUGUUGGAUUUGGAGACCCAGCUGAGCAGGACUAAGACAGAGCUGAACCAGUUGCGUCGGAGCAAAGAGGAUGCCCAGCGCCGCUACGAGAGCCGCCUCCAGGACCUGAGGGAUCGGCUGGAGCAGUCGGAGAGCACCAACCGGAGCAUGCAGAACUACGUGCACUUCCUCAAGUCUUCCUAUGACAACGUUUUCAGGGAAGGGGCCGUGCUGAGCUUCCCUGGCCGCUCUCACUCUCCCCUCUGAGGGCAGCGCUCCCCUUGCACCUCUUUGGAGCACAGGAGGAACGUUGUUUCAAAGCCAUAUUGAGACAGAAAUCAGGAUGGUAUUCCAGGGUCACUGUCAGAGGACUUUUUCCAAGCAGCACGAGACAAUAAAAUGGUGGUGGCACCUGCUCAAAACGUGGGGUAUCAGCAAUACUGGUUUGGCGUUGGAGGUUGGUGUUGCACCAUAAACUGAGCCCCAAAACCAGGUGGUUUUGCAAAAGAUGGAAAAGAUCAUUUUCAUCCUGUAAGGAUCUGAUGCUUUCAGCUCUUGAAGCCUGUCAGAGAUUUGUUGAGGCGUGUUAAUUUUUAUAAGAGCUCUUUUUGUGCUUCACUUUUUAUUGGGUUUCUCUGUUGGGAAGAUCAUGUGGGGACGAUGUGGGGAAUUUUGUUUGUGGGGUUUUUUUAAUCAGUUUUUUAAACUAUUGAACACUGUAUUGAUACGUUGGAUGAUGGGCUGGUGGGAGAGGUUCCACCCACCAGAGGUGUGAAGCUGAAAAUAACUGAUGUGCCUGGGCUCCACACACACAAGACAUUAUCUCCUGCACAACCACAGUGUUUGUAACAGUUUUAUACCAGAAAUAAUGAUUUUGGUUUAGUUUUUUAAACUUGAUUCUUAUAUACUCCCUGAUGCUUACCUUUAUUUCUGAGUGUGAUGCUAAUGUUGCUUUGCUCCUCUCACUCUGAUUUUCUGAUCCUGAUUAUCACAGAAUCCCCCAGGACAGAGCCAAAACAAUCUGAAUUUGAAGGAGAGAUUGUGGUUUUAACCUCAGUGUCUCUUCAGUUGGGGUCUUGGUGGGAAUGCCGCUCAAGUUCAGGAUGUGAACCCUAACUUGGUUUUAAGCCAGUUAAGGAGCAGCUGCAGAUACUCAAAUUUCAUCAGAUUCUCCUGAACCUUCUCCUGGAAAAUCAGGUCUUUGGUGUGUCAAAUCUCUAAAAUCCACGUGCUCUCUAGUGCCCUGUUGUUUCCACUAAACGGUUCUUACGGGGACAAAAAUAAACCUUGUGGGUUUUUUUCUCCCUUUCGUAUCCUAUUUAUGUGCGAUGUGAUGUGGUCAUUUGGCACUGUUUUGUCAUAAGACUUUUCUAAAUGAAUCAUUUUUUGGCGAGAACUGUAAUUGUGUGUUUAACACUUCAAAAAAUCCCAAAGGUGCUAUGGUAAAACAAUAAAGUAGAUUUUAACUGGUUUAAUAAGA